AUGGCCCGCCGAGCUCCUGCGCGCAAGGCCAAGAAGCCCAGCGGCGCCAAGCCCAGCGCCAAUACUAACAGCAAGAGCAACACCAAUGCCAAGUCCAGCUCCAAGGCGAAGGCCAAGCGCAAGGCGCGCAGCACGCAGAACAGCGCGGCCGACGUGUUCAGCGACGAGGAGGAGGAGGCCACGCAGCAGGAGCGCGCCAUGAACGCGCGCGCGGACGUGGACGAGGUCUUCGAGUACGAGGAGCCGACGUUCGACCAGGAGGACUCGGAGCUGGACGAGGACGAGGCCUUCGACAGCGACGACGAGGCCGCCUACGGCAUCGACGACGACGAAGAAGAUGACGAGCAGAAGAUCAAGAACUUGGGCGCCAUGGUGGACGGCCUCGUGCAGCAUAAGAGCCGCAAGAAGCUGGACGAGAUCGACUCGCAGUUCGCCAACCAGGCGGCCUCCGCCUCCACGGACGGCGAGCUCACGCUCGGCAGUCUGCUGGGCGCGCAGGCGGCCAAGCCGGGCGCGGAGGGCGCCGAGGAGGACGACGAGGCGGACGGCAAGACCAAGACGGGACUCGACCUCCGCCGCGUGCGCCAGCAGGUGCGCGAGCUCGAGGGAGACGGCACCACGCUCACGCUGCAGGCCAACUGGGAGCCCGUGCACGACGCGCGCGCCCAGCGCAAGCUCGCGUACUCCGAGAAGAACAAGGAGGUGGACCUCUUCGAGCCCGUGGUGCGCCGCAACAGGAACAAGGAGACGCUGGACCUGCGCGUGCAGGCCCCCAAGCUCGAGAAGCUCACGCCCGCCGCGCUCGCCAGCAAGUUCGUGGCGCAGACGGACAUGGAGAAGAGUGUCGCCGCGCUGCUGCAGGCCGGAGACCUGAGCGACAAGAAGCUCGCGCAAGACGAAGAAGAGGAGCUCGCGCGCAAGCGCGUGUCCACGGCGGAGGUGGCCGCGCGCCAGAAGGAGCUGGCCAAGCUCCGCUCGCUGCUGUUCUACGAGGAGCAGAAGCAGAAGCGCGUCAAGAAGAUCAAGAGCAAGCUCUACCACAAGAUCCGCAACGCGCAGGACAAGAAGGCAAUGGAGAAGCAGAGGGAGGAGCUGCGCGCGCUGGACCCGGAGAUGGCGCGCAAGCUCGACGAGGAGCUCGCGGAGAAGCGCGCCGAGGAGCGCCUGACGCUCAAGCACCGCAACACCAGCAAGUGGGUGAAGCACCAGCUCCGUCGUGGCAUUCAGGCCGACGAUGCUACGCGCAGCGCUAUUGCUGACCAGCUGCGUCGCGGUGAGGAGCUGCGCCGCAAGAUGAACGCGGUGGACAGCGACGACGACGACAUGGACGACGAUGAUGACGAUGAGGAGGGCGACGCUGCCUCUCGUCUGCAGAAGCGCCUGGAGAAGCAGGCCAGCGCGCUGGUCACGGAGAUCGACGCGGACUCCGCCGAGGCCGGCAAGAAGCGCGGUCUGCAGGGCAUGAAGUUCAUGCAGCGGGCUGCUGAGAAACAGCGUGAGAAGGCACGCGUUGAGGCCGAGAAGCUGCUUCGUGAGAUCCGCACGGGUGACGGCGCGGAUGGCGAUCGCAUCCUGUCGGAGGGCGAGGACUACCUCAGCUCGAGCGACGAAGGCGCUGCUCAGAAGAAGGCCAAGAAGGCUAAGAAGGCCAAGAAGAACGUGGUGGUGACGGAGCAGGACAAGGCGGCGGUUGACCGCGCUCUGGCCGGUGGCGCGCUGCAGACUGCUAACGUCAGCAUGAGCGGUGGUGUGUCGGCGCGUGCGUCGGGCGCCAUUGCUGUUGACCUUGGCGAGGGUGGCAACAGUGUCUCACUUGCGAAUGGUGACAAGAAGCAGGACAAGGAGCUGGAGCUUGGUGCCAAGGCUCCGAUGCAGAAGGCUACCGCCGCCGAGCCUCAAGCGAAGACCAACACGGAGGACGCCGACAUGGAACCAGCUGCCGAGGGUGAGGAGAACCCGUGGCUGUCUAGCGCGGCUACGAAGAGCAAGUCGCGCAAGAAAAACAAGAAGAAGUCGCAGCAGAAAAACGCGGGUGCGCAGGCUGACGUUGCAGCGGCCAUCGAGUCCCUUGCGCAGGACACGAAGAAGACCAACGAGGACGAUUCCGCUAUUGCUACUCUCACUAACGGCACCACAAAGGCGUCGAAGAAGCGGAAGCUGGACCAGUCCAAGACCGAAACGGAGAAGCCUGAGCAGACUACUGCUGGCAAGAAGAAGAAGAACAAAAAGUCUAAGAAGGACGACAAGGUCGCUGGACAGGACGAGCUGGUGCGUCGCGCGUUCGAGUUCGUCGCUGAUGAGGAGGACGAGCUGGCCCAGGAGAAGGAUCGGUUGGCUAGCCAGGACGCCGACGCGAAGAAGGGUGCUGAGAUCGCGAAGCUGGUGGGCAUGUCUGGAUGGGGCAGCUGGGCUGGUGAUGGUGUCCGGGUAUCGAAGCGUCAGAUCGCGCGCGAGCAAAAGGCCAAGGACAUCGCUCGUGAGGCCAAGCAGAAGGCUCUGGCUGGCCGCAAGGAUGCUCGCAUGGACAAGGUGCUGAUCAACGAGAAGAAGGACAAGAAGGCUGCCAAAUUUACGGUGAAGGACGUGCCGUACCCGUUCACGUCUCGCGAGGAGUACGAGGCCGCCAUGCGCAACCCGCUGGGCAGCGACUGGAACACGUCCCAGGUGACAAACGUGCUGACGGCGCCCAAGAUCAUGAAGCGUGCUGGCACGGCGAUCGCUCCGCUUGUGCUCUCCAAGGAGGACCAGAAGCAGGCCAAGAAGGAGCUGAGCUUGAAGCGCAAGGCCAAGUUCUAG